AUGCAAAUAAUAAAACAUAAAAGUAAAAAUAAUUUAUAUUUUCUUUUUACACGUUGGGGACGUAUUGGUGAUGCUGAAGGUCAAUAUCAGUUAACACCAUAUUCAACAUUAGAUGAAUGUCGAAAAGAAUUCUUAAAAGUUUUUCGUGAAAAAACUGGUAAUGCAUGGAAAGAUACAAAUCAAUUUGAAAUUAAACCAAAAAAAUAUACAUUAAUUAAAUUAAAUGAACGUGAACUACAUAAGUAUUCAAAUGUACCAAUUGAUUUUGAACGUUUACAAACUGAACAUAUAUCAUCCAAACUUCAUUCAUCCAUAUUUAAAGAUUUUCUUAAAACAUUAAUUAAUCGUCAAGCUAUACGUUUAAAUAUUGAUAAAACACAAUUAGAUAUUGAAUGGAUGCCUGUAUCACAAUUAAAACGUGAAACAUUACAAAAAGCACGUGAUUUAUUAAUUGAAUUAAAAAAUAAUAUUGAGAAAAAACAAGAAUUAACUUUAGCAAUACAACGAGGAAAAACAAUUGAACAACAAAAUCAAUUUAAAACUAUUUUAGAUUCGAUUUAUAAACAUACCAAUGAAUAUUAUACAAUAAUACCAUUACGAGGUUAUGCGGAUGAAAAAUUACCUAUUAUUGAUAAUGAAGGUCAACUUAAACAACAAGAAAAAAUACUUGAUGAUUUACUUGAACUUGAAUUAUCCUAUAAAAUACUUUUAGGUGCACAAGCUAAUUUAAAAACAAUUUCACCAUUAGAUUAUUUAUAUAAAUCAAUCAAUUGUCAAUUUGAAGCUAUGAAUAAAGAUGAUAUUGAUUCACAAUUAAUUUUACGUUAUAUAUGGGCAAGUGCAUCAACUAUACAAGUUGAACAAAUAUUUAAAAUUGCACGUCCAAACGAGGAUGAACGUUUAUAUAAAUCGAAUCUUGAUAAUCAUUAUUUAUUAUGGCAUGGUACUAAUAUUUGUAAUUUAAUUAGUAUACUUACAAGAGGACUUCUUGUUGGACCAUUAGCUGCUAUGGCAAGUGGAAGUUUAUUUGGAAAAGGAAUUUAUACAGCAGAUACAUUUGCAAAAAGUCUUGGUUAUUGUUCAGGUGUAAAACAGAAUGAUGGUGGUGGUGAACGUUGUUUUAUGAUAUUAUGUGAAGUUGCUUUAGGUGAAAUUAAAGAAAUGGGUUUAAAUAAUGAUGAUGGUGAUGAUGGUACAAAACAACUUGAUUUAAAUCAAUUUCAAAGUCGUAAAGGUACUGGUCGACUUAUACCUGAUCCACGAUAUACAGUUACACGAAAUUAUGGUGUUCGUAUGCCACUUGGUAAUAUGAUCGAUAAUACAGAUAUUAAAGUUGGUUUUUAUGGUCUUAAUUAUAAUGAAUAUAUUGUAUAUGAUGAAUCACAAGUAGCUUUACGUUAUCUUGUGCAAUUUCGUCGUUAA